AUGUUCCCGGACUACCACGAGUCGUACCUGAGCACGAGCAACUCCGACGACGCCAUCGAGAGAUCAGUGAUCACCGAGCAGGCGCAGGUGCACACGCGCCCGAAGACUCCGCCACCAGCACACGCCCCGUCGCCGGACGACGAACCCCCGCCGCCGCCGCCAGCGCCACGAGCAGCAGCAGCAGCAGCAGCAGCAACGCCGCCUCCCGUCGCGGCGAAACCGAACGGGUUGCUGACGAACGGGAUCGCGAUCCGGCGCGUCGACGGUAAGGGUGUCGUCGCGCAGCCGCCGUCGCCGCCGCUGCACCGCGUCGCCUCGUGGGAGAACGACAUCUACCGGAUCGCCGAGCAGGGCGUGUGCAUGCCGCAGGACAAGGCUGCCGACGACACGCAGUACGACAUCGAAGAUACAUCGAUGCCGGUGACGGAGGAACUCUACACGGCGAAAGUCUACGAACAUCUGAGCAUCCCCGUGUACGCAGCGCUGCAUGGGAGGGCGUCGCUGAUCAGGAAUCGGCCGUUCAGCGGGGAUUCGUCGGACUCGUCUGAUAAUGAGGAGUUUGUGUCCGUGCACAGCUCUCCUACGACGACGAAGAGCCUGAAGAAAGAUGACUCACAGGACUCGAAUCUGUCGGACGAUUACUACAUACCGCCGGAUGCACUGAUUGAUCCAGACAUGCAGGUCGUCAAGCCGAGCAAGAUGAAGGAGGAGUUUAAGAACAAGCUGCUGGAUAAGGUGAAGGGAAUGAGUUCGGCGCAGAGUACGUCGAGCAUUCAGAGCAAAGGUUCGAUGCACAGCAAGGCGUCGAUGAUCAGCAAGGAGAGCAGCACCAGCACACGCAACUAUACACUGGAGAAGGAUCCUCGCAAGAACAAGACGGUGAUACUGGAAAAGUCCGGCUACCUGAGCAAGCUUGGAGGUCGCGUGAAGACUUGGAAGAAGCAUUGGUUCGUCAUCCGGAAUGGCGAGCUGCUCUACUACAAAACCCAGAAUGACCGACGUCCUGCGGGCCGCAUCACGCUGGACAGUCAGUGCAGCAUGACGAAGGCAGCGAACGCUACGACCUUUCAGGUGGAGUCUAAGACUAAGAAACGAACCUACUACCUGGCAGGAGAUAGCGAGCACGUAGCUGAGGAGUGGGUGAAAGGUUCCUAUCGGCACGAUCAACAUGAAGACGGCGCGGGUGGAGGAGAUCGUCGAGGCACAGGAGAGCGACGACGAGGGGCUGCUGGAGGAAACCUCGGAGCAGCGGAGGCAGCAGCAGUCGAAGCAGUACACGCUCGCGAUCCACGUGGAGGACCAGGGCACCACUUACCUGCUCAUAAACACCAAGGAAGACAAAGAAGACAAGGAAGACCGGACGCACACGCGCUCGUGUCAGCUGUUCAUGAGCGUGCUCAUAGACCGUGCCGGCAUCGACUACCACGUCGUGCUGGCGCAGAACGCCCUGCAGCUGUGUCUCGCACACCCGGAGCUACAGAACGAGAUGUACUGUCAACUCAUCAAGCAGACAACGAAACACCCGACCCCGCCCAAGUCAGGAGUGCAGAAUCUCUUUCUGUGUGCAAGCCACUCAUGGUUCCUGUGUGACUCUCAAGCCUCGUCCCCCACCGGUGGCACCACGCCCAACGGUAGCAACGGCAGCGAUAAACUCAAUCCAGCAAGCUUCGUCUUCAUACAGGGCUGGAUGCUGCUGGCCAUGUGCAUGGCAUUGUUCCUACCCCGCCAACACCGCAUAAUGUGGUACCUGAAGACGCAUCUACAGCGACACGCCGACACCAGGUCGGAGCUCGGCAAGUACGCUAUGUUCUGCCAGAGGGCGCUGGAGCGGUGCGAACAAAAUGGCGGCCGGGAGGCGAAACCAUCUCGCAUGGAGGCGCUGUCAAUCAUCACGCGCAACCCGUACACGACGUCGCGUCCCUGCAGCAUCCCCGUGCACUUCCUCAACGCUACCUACCAGGGAGAUAGCAACACUGCUGCUACAGCUCGGUAUGUCAAGAUUUGGACGUCAUUUCACGUGGGAGCAGACACUCAAGGAGAAGCAGUGUGGCAAAACUCGAGUAACAGCCAAAGUAGUCAAGCUCACUAUAAGAACAGAUUGUACUUCAAGAGUCAAGUUCGUGGCGAGACCGACAUGGAACGACUGCUGUUGUGCUACCAGGUGGCGCUAGAGAUAACUGAAGGUCGCUUCCCUCUAUCUAAGGAGAUGGCGCUGGAGCUAACUGCUCUCAUGGUGCAGAUAGAGCACGGCGACUAUCGUCCGGGCAGCACACACAGCAGCGGUGGUACGGCGGUGCCCCCGUGUCACCUCGUUCAGCAGGUUGUCGACCACUACCACCCGAAACACUUCCGUAUCAACCAGUCAGCCGACGAGUCAAAGAACCUGGUCGCCUCUGUUCAGGGAAUCUGGGAGAAGAAGCUGCGGGGGAGGUCUCAGCAGGACUGCGUGCGCUGCCUUCUCACCGCCGUGCGCAAGUGGCCUUUCUUCGGAGCCAAGCUCUACCACGCAAAGAGCAAAGCUGUGGAUAGCCAGAAGCUUGUAUGGCUGGCUGUACAGGAGAAAGGCGUUGACGAACUGGACCACAGCACCAUGGAGCUGCUGCGGUCAUUUCCAUACAAAGUGCUCGUGACCUUUGGCGGCUUCAAGGACGACCUCAUGCUCGUCAUGUCGAACCUCGAGGGAAAGUCGGAGAAACCAGAGAAGCAACUCUUCCACAUGAAACCGGUGAAGAUCAUGGACAUCACUCAGCUGAUAGCGAGCUACAUCAACGGCUACCCGAACAUACACCUGAUGGCAGGCGGCCACGGCGGUCAGGCGGGCGUGGCCGUAGACAAGCUGGCUUCCCCGGGGACCCCUCCCGGAGCGCGGGGCAGGAGUAAUCCAGCUGCCCUGACGCCGAGCAGCGGGAAGGAGUUGGCCAUCGUGCAGGACAGACGCAGCGAUGUCAUCUAGUAGUCAACUGUCACAUCUAGACAGGUGUGGUUGUGUCAUAUGGUAAUCAUGAAGGCAGGACAGGUGUGUGUCAUCCAGUGAUCAUGUAGACAGUAAAGGUGUGCGUCAUCUAGUGGUCACCUGUCCCAUCUAGACGAUGACAGGUGUGGUGGUGUCAUAAUAUGGUGAUCACCUGUCCCAUCUAGAAGAUGACAGGCGUGGUGAUGUCAUAUAGUGACCACGUAGACAGUAAAUGUGUGUGUCAUCUAGUGGUCACCUGCCCCAUCUAGAAGAUGACAGGUGUGGGUUAUCUAGUUGUCACCUGUCCCAUCCAGAAGAUGACACGUGUGUGUGUCAUCUAGUUGUCAACUGUCCCAUCUAGAAGAUGACAGGACAGGUGUGAUGGCAUCUAGUGGUCAUGAACGCAGUACAGGUGUGAUGUCAUCUAGUGGUCAUCUAUUGACCUUCUAAAAGUCUUGCAGUAGACCAUAUGGCGGUUAUUUGCCCACACUUUAACUGUCAUCUAUCUGUGUGGCAGAGGCAUCAAGUAACAACAUCUAGUAGUAAUAUGCAGACCACAGCAGUCACUUACCGAUGCUCUAGCGGUGCCCAGCUUUCAGUCAUCUACCUUCAGCAUCUGCUAAAUGAAGUAGUAGAUGUGUGGGGGACACGUGCAUACUAGUCACUUGGUGGUUGUCUAACAGGCGUAAGCAAUCAAUAGAAAACAGACACAUGUAGUAGAGACUAUCCAGGGAUAUCUGCCUGUCGGUAAAGUCCUAUCAAAUGAAGUCGUCCGUGUAGCGUAGUGUGAACUCACACCAUCGCUUGUAUCGCCGUCGUGUCACCAAAUAUCGGUGACACUUGGUGACAGUGUUAAUGACGACUCUGGGCCGGUGACGCUAGCUGUCGGGGUUUGGCAAAAUGCUCGUUCGUGAUUUCCCGCGAGAACUCACUAAGCGCUUUUUACUCGUGUUAACUUUUUUAUGCAGGCAUUAUUUAUUCAAGAGUGUCGGAGGAAGCUUCGUGGUUGCUCCUUGGCUCUCGAUACAGCGGCCUCUGGUUGUGGGAGUGAACGGGUUAUACCGGUAGAGCUGGCUUGUAGCGGGAGUGAAGGGACUCCACUGGUAGAGCUGGCUUAUAGCGGGAGUGAAGGGACUCCACUGGUAGAGCUGGCUUGUAGC